CCGGGACUCGACGCUAUCCCAGAAGAAAAUUGUUGGUGGUUGUACGCACACGCCUGUGAAACAUGGCUCAAAAUCCAUAUUAUUUGUUAGAUUUUAGUUACUCAUUAACUAAUCGGUGCUCUAAUUAUUGAUAAUUGACUGUGGUUGAAAUCGUGACUAAAGAUGUUCGGAAGCAAGCUCCGAUCAUGGAUGGAAGCAGUGAGACCUCGCAAAAAACAACACCGAAAAGAGAAACAAACUAAAGCGAAUUUGAAUCCUAACACAGUUACCGCCAACUGGCAGAACGGAACCAGUUGCGGGUCUUCCCAAGAUGAUCUGGGGAAUACUAAUCGGAAGAUCACUCCCGAAAAUGGCCAAACUACCCAAGCACCUGCCACGCGAUAUUCCGCAAACAAUCUAUCUUCUCCCGAAUCGGCCUACUCGACCGGAUACUCCACUGAUGGGACUUCCCCAGGCGCUCCUCCGGACUACUACAUCAACAUCCGCACAGGGGUGAAGUACUUCCCAGCCGAGGGGGAGCGCCACCACCACGAGAACCACCUGAGAUACGUGCCACACCACGGCAUCGGCACCGAUUUGGCUAAGCCCCCAGUUUCCUCCACUUGUCUGCCUCCACCCAGACCCGUCAUGACGCAAGAGGUGGACCGAGUGGUCCAGACACGUCCGUUCCAGUGCAACACCGCUGUCACCCCGUCCAGACUAAGCGAAGUUGUCGCCAGUCCGGUCCUCACAUCCCCAAGACAGCGCAACCGGAUCAGGACGAACCCCUGGCUUCCGGGAAGCGCCCCAAGCCCGGGGCCCAUCAGGCAGGAGGUGCCCAAAAUCACAACUUCAGUCACUGGGACUGACAGCCCGCUGUCGAGGAGGUUCCGAAGCCCGUCCACGCUCCGCGGGUCGAGUUUGCGAAACCACCAGUCCCUGUCCUCCUCGUCUUGUUCCUCCCUAAGCGGGGCGAGUGUCCACUGGGACGCGAAGAAGCGGUCCGGGAGCGACGAAGACGACUGUACCCUGAACGAAAUGAUGGGCAAAUACGACGAGAGUUACGUUUACGAGAAAGAAACCGACAUUCUUAGCGAUAGCGACCCGACUGAUUGUGAUACUGACAUUGACACGGGCCAAGACGGCGGAGACGAAGACGAGCCCGUCGACGGCGAGUUCGACUUCAUAGACAACGGCUCCUACCUGGAGCUCGACUCCCGCGAGGACCGGAACACCGGCCAUUGCACGUAUUACAACUUCGAAGUCCAGCGGAAAGCCUCCCGGAGGCGCACGACUCGCCGCAGCAAGCAGAGCAGCGAGAAGCGGCGCCGGUCAAGUUCCAACAAGAAACGGCACAAGCAAGCCGAGCGCGCGAACGCGCAGCCCAACGGCUCGAAAAGCGCGGGUGCCACUCCCUUGUCCGUCCGUCGAACCAAGCACCAUCCAAUGUCGAAGCUGGCCCUCGACAAGAAGCGCUCCAACUCCGUCAGCUUCUCCCGCGACGAUCCCUUCUCAACCAUUGACAAGCGGGACAAAGAGGCCGACCAGAAGUACCGCGAGUUGAUAGUCGAGGCCGAGCACAUCCUGCGCAGCAUGAAGACCAACGGCCUUUCGCCGCGGCGGGUCCCAGGCCCCGCCAACAAGCGCGUCGAGAUUUUGCGGAGCGCGGAAUGUGCCAAACCGGAGCUUUUCAUGAAAAAUAGACUGAUCGAAGAGCCAGGUCCCCCAUUUACCAAGAUACCGUCCACUAAUUUUAAUAGUUGCAGAUUUAGUCCUAAACGAAACCACAUUACUAACUUCAUGAUCAGCAAUUCGCCGGCGAUGAUGCGCCGCGAGGUGGAGUUGCCCACUUCGCCGCUGGCGAAGCGGCCGGAGUCGCCCAAGUUGCGGGCGAACCGGCGCAGUCCGAAGUACCGGAAAAAGGCGAGCAAGGCGAAAGUGGAGUGCCCCACGAGCAGCGACUCCGACGGGGAGGCGAAAGUUAAGGACGCCGUCGGUUUCGGGUGUCCGCAGAGCGAGCCGGUGCGCCGGAAGGUGUACUCAGGGCGGGGAAAAACCGUGGCGUUCAAUCUCAAUUACGAGAAUAUUUACAACAAUUCGCCGACGAGGUUCGAGGCGCAGGAGUACAAGACUAGCGCGGAGAAUUUAAGACAGCAGGUUUUAAUGAACACCAUCGCCAAUUUGAAGAAGAGUCUCGAAGAUCAGUCCGCUUCGCUGAAGCAGGUGUACCGAAGUUCCCAUAAUAUACAACUCUAAGUUACAGCGUAUACAAAUAUAUUUAUAAUUUUAUACCGUGGAUGUUGAAGACAAACACCAGUAGAGUAGCGGUUCGGUUGAUUCCUGGCGUUUAUUAACCCAAAUGUAGCCGUUUAAAUAUUUAAGCAGACGUAGAAUUGUUUUCGGUUCGAUGUAGCGACAAUAGUAGAAACUAGUGACGUAGCGGUAUAAUUGUAGGGUAACUUGUCGGCCCACUUAGUUAAGCUAACACAAAAACUUUCAGAAUAAUAAAAAUUGAUUUGGUUGGUAGUCGUUUUAAGUGGGCGACAAUCACUUAUGUAACAUGAUAGUAAAAUGUAGUACAAUUUAGUAUAAUUUGAAUGUGGAAUCUGGAUCGGACUAAUAAUCUGUUAAUGACGUCUUUGAUUGUGUUGAAGCAAAUACGGCCUUGUUACUUUUGACUUUAAUUUUAGGUAUAGUUGAAUUAUGACAGUAAGUGUUGAUUUGUUAUUUCCUGCAAAAAGGAAAUGUUAUUUUGAGAGAAAUAACACUAAAAUCGAGUUUAACUGACUGAAGGGUACUCCAAAUAAAAGUGCGGAGAUUUCACGCAUUCCCUGUUAAAACUGUGCUAUAUUUUUAAUAGGUAUAUGUAUUUUUAUAGGCACUAAUACAAAUACGUAACCGCCUAUAUGUAUACUUUAAUCACAGUCGUUAUUCGACAUGUGCCUGUUUUAACUUUCGAUUUCACUUCACAGCUAAGCUAUAACUGUAUUCAUGUUGUGAUUCCUGAAUUGUUAAAUUUUUCAAAUGUUCAUCUGUAAAUAAAAACAAUAACUUUC